UCAAAUCCCUGACUCGAUAUCUCUGAUCCCUCAGCUGCUUUCUUCAACAGAAUCAAAGUUGUCUAUGCAGAGGACUGGCUCCUCUUGAAUACCAUUCGAUGCUACCUUCUUGCCUCUCCCUCGCCACCAAAGCGUUGCUCCUCACAUGCACUCUUCUGCUUCUCAGCUCUUCAGCAUGUCUCAACUUCAUCUCUAGCGUACAAGCCUCGCCAACUUCCACACUGACUCCUAUACCGAAUCCCUUCCCGAAGUCGCUGCCAGAGCAAACCAACUACGCCUCAACCUCAGGCACCAAACCCGUGCCUGAAGUGCCAUACCUGUACAGCUGGUCCUCCGGGUCCUCCAGUCCCUCUUCUCCCUCAUCUAAAGAGAAGAAGAGUCCAACCGCUCCUCCCAAGGUAGGCAGACUAGGCAGUCCGCCUAUGAGCGAGCGACCCUUCAAGUACAUCGACCUGACCGAGUUCCGGCACAAGCUCUACCAGCCUCCGCUCCCGGAGCAUCAGCGCCCCAAAAAGAACAGGGCGAAUGCUCCUUGGAAGAAGGCAAAGGGAGUGCUGGAGGGACCUUCUCCUGCACCAGCUUCGCCGGGGAGGAAGGAGAAGCUAAAGGCGGUACCGGCUCGUUUGCUUGAGGGGGAUGUGAGGGAGGAGAAGCCCGAGAUGCCUGUGGGCAAGAAUGUGGGAAAGACCCGGGGAGGUGUAUGGAGGAAGAUGAGUUGGUGCUUGGGAGGCUGUGGCAAGAAGGCGUAAGCUUUAGGCUACCCUGAAGCCAAUGUUGUGGGUUGCACAGUGCUCACGAUGUCGGCUCCUUUGGUCUUGUAGCCCGUUGCUGUGAACCUCUUUCAAUCCCUGGGCUGGCUCUCAUGCGA